UUGAGGAGAUGGACCGCGGAGUCUUAAUUGACGAGUUCCCCCAAACCCGGAUCCUUGACAUCCUCCGGUCUCUUCUGUCUUCCCGCGUUGUCUCGACUUUGAGAUCGACGCAAACAAACAAUGAUUGGACCAGGCGGAGACGCGCCCAUGGCGCUCGGCGUCCUUUGGGGCUUAACGGGACUCACUCUAUGCUUCGUUUUGCUGCGGCUGUACACACGGCUUGUUAUCCUUCAAGCUUAUGGUAUUGACGACCACUUUUACAACUUUGCCUUCGUUCUUUUCGUCGCCUACGAUGUCAUGCUCACGAUUUCUUCCUACUACGGCUUCGGCAGGAAUGUAAUGGAAAUCGAAACGCCGGACGUACCACCGGCGAUUUUGUACGAGGCCAUCGGCACCACGAUCCUCGUCUUCGCCAUCGUCGUGUCCAAAGCUUCGUUGGCAUUGUUCCUCCUCCGACUUGUGAACACACGCCUGCAUCAAAUCGUCGUUCUUGGUCCAGUCAUCAUCCUUUUUCUCUUCGCCGUCGUUUCGCUCUUGGUCUUCUGGUUCUCGUGCGCACCGAUAGAAUUCCUCUGGAACCGAUUCAUCCCCGGCGGAGUCUGCCACAUUGACCCUGGUCCUAUCUCUACAGCGGCUGGGUCAUGGAGCGUUGUUGUCGACUUCUGGUACGCUGUGACACCCUGGGCAUUGUUGUGGAAUGUACAGAUGCCGAGACGUGAGAAACUCCUCAUCAACGUGAGUAUGAGCUUGGGUGUAAUUGCUGGUGCGUGUGGUAUCAAGAGAGCAUUGGAGCUUAAAAACCUCAGCAGCUUGAACUUCACCAAGGAUACGGUCCAGCUUAUCAUUUGGCAUGCGUGUGAGCUUGCGGUCACCAUGGUCUGCAUCGGCAUCCCAGUCUGUCGCCCCCUUUUCAAAGGCUGGCUCAACAAAUUCUCCUCCCGAGGCGACAGCAACCCUGGUCCAUACACGAGAAACCUGACCGGGUCCAACGGCGGUUUUGGUCUGAGAACGAUAGGAGGCACCGACUACACAGUAAGGGUUGGAAUGAAGACACCCGAGUUGGAUUUGAGCAGCGCUGCUGGCCGAAGUGGGGGGGGUAUCAUUGGAGUCCCUGCUAAGCCUAUCGGAAAGGCAUAUGGGGACGACAACAGCGUGGAUUCGAUUCUGGGUCCUGAGGACCGCCAUGGCCAUGCACGAGGCAUGGAUACUGACGGGUAUUCAAGUGAGGAGGGCAAGAGCGGUGCUCAGAAUAUCUGGGUGAAAUCCGAGGUGCUGGUCAAGUCGACAGCAAGGGGUUGAUUCCACGCCAGCCGGUCAUCCUUGCUUGAAAGAACUUUGUUCUUUUCCUGACCAUCACCGAUAAUCGAGUGAUCGCCGAGGGAUUUUAUGCCAGGACUUGCGUUGCGGAAGUUUGAUGAUAGAUAAUGAUCACACAUAAAUAACCCUGAACCUAACAUUAGCCGGCGUUUGACAGAAGAGUUGGUCAUUCUUAC